AUGCCUCCUCGUCGGGCGCAUACCAAGUCGCGCAAUGGCUGCGAUCAAUGUAAGCGGCGUCGGGUUAAGGCACCACCGCGCGGAGCUGAUGCAACCAAUGUGCGACACCCGUCGAUCCCUGACUCGCACGACUCGCGAGAUUCGGGGACGCCUAGGCCGCUCGCGCCCCUCAGCCCGGCCUCCACGCCAUCGGCUAUCUCGGGCGUACGUGAUCUAGAGCUGAUGCACCAGUUUUCUACCGAGACCUUCAAGACGGUCUGCACCGCCGAUUCAGAAUACCAUGUCUGGCAGACUAUCAUCCCGCGUCUGGCCCUACAGUACGACUUUUUGAUGAACGGCAUCCUGGCAUUGGCGUCACUACAUAUCGCCACCACGACCGAGUCGCCGACUUCCUUGGCCUACGUCGACACCGCACUUCAGUAUCAUAAUCUCACCUUCGCGCCCUUUCGUGCCGCGAUUGACAAUCUCACUUCGCAGAAUUGCGAAGCUGUGCUGGCACAGUCUAUCGUAACCACCGUAAUCGGCAUCGCCUUGCCGCGAGUUACCACCGCUCGGGAUGAGGGCUCUAACAUGACCGAGAAUAUCGUCGUGGUCUUUGAGCUUCUGCAGGGCGUCAAGAAGAUCAUUCACAUUGGAGGCUCCUGGAUUAAACUUAACCUAUUUACCCGCCAAAAGAGCUUACGGGAAUCCGAUGCUACCGAUCUGGAUUGCGAAACACAGGCCGCGCUCGAUCGGCUCGCUACCCUCAAUGACGAGACGCUGGCCAGUAUUGACACGGACCAGUAUCGCAUUAACAAAGACGUCAUCGCUCAUCUCCUGCAUUGCUUCACAUUAUUUUCAAAAUCAUUAGAUCCGGCCAACGUCCUCGCGUGGCUGGCUGCCGUGGAUAAAGAAUUCGUGGACAAUGUCCGGCGUCGCCAGCCAUUGGCACUGCUGAUUCUCAUGCACUGGGGGGUGUUGCUGGGCGAGCUAGAUGGCACGUGGUGGUGGGCUCGAAAAUCCGGUCGAGCUCUAAUCUCUGAAUUGUCGCACAUCUUGCGCCCGGGGGACAUGCGAUGGGCCGACUCGUUGGCUUGGCCUCAGCAGAAGAUGGGCCUAUGA